GCUCGAGACUGCGAUUCGCCAAUAGAACGGGAGAGAAGUCGUCGUUGUGAAUCCAAUUGAUUGAUUUGGAUUGAAUGAUUAAUUUAAUUAUUAACAAUAUGGAUAAGUUACUAAGUGGCUUUUUCUUUAAAAAAUUUACGAAAAUAAGUUGUCUCACCGAAAGCGCGAGCGACGCGAGUGAGUACUUGGCGCGCGUGUCAGAUCGAUUUGAGAAUGAUUUAUUAGCACGCGCCUCUGUCGUAGGCGGGGAGGGUUGGCCGGGUGGUCUGACGCGACUCUCCUGGGGCUCGUAAAAAGAAGAAGAAAUCCCACUGCUGAGGAGAAUAAAUAUCGCUCGAUUUUCAUCGGAGAAUCCUGAAAUUCUAUUUCGGGAAAGAGCAAAGAGGGUGUAUUACUAGAGGCGAGCAGUUACAUUUCCGCUAUUUUUACGCAAUGACGCUUCUCCACGCCGCGGAAAGGACAAAUGUGGCAUUGCUAACGCGACGUGUAUGACAUUUCCGGGAACCCGAGGAACAUUCUCAGUGUAGAGUCUGAGAAAGGGAUCGCGGGACAAAGGUGGCGGAACGUCGGAUUAGCGUAAAUACGGCUGAUGAUAUGCUUGUCACGAGUGCGGUAACACACAAGGCAAGGAGCAACGAGGAGAGACGUUUGUUGAGGUCGACGCUAAGAAAAGAAUAAACAGCGAUAAGGUCGUCUCCGGACUUUUCGUAACUGACUAUCACAUCUGAGAAAACAUUGACACUCGGCUGGAGUGUCGGACGAGAUGUUCAUGUACCGUAUCGUCGCCGCGGACGCGGCGAGUGUUGGAGUGCGGGUCUUAGAUCGUCGGCCAUAAGUCUCGAGGACCAUCGGCGGAGCUUCCCUGGGGCGUCGAGCCGGAGAGCAUCGCAGCCGCAUUUACGAGAAUAAAUAAUCACGACGACGAUGAACGUCGUGCGGCUUCCGAGCGGCCAGUGACAACAGCGGUGAAACCUCGCGACCGACGUCGGCAGACCUCGCACACGAAGACGAGACGUUCCCGCGAGUUCUCAAGCCGAGACGACUCGAGACGAUCAUGAAGACUCGACCGUCGUCGUGGAUCUCGCGAAACCGGCGACGGGAAUCGCCGCUAGUCACUGCUCCGUCAUCCAGCAACGUUGCUCGCUCGCCGAACCUCCGAGGUUCGCAACGAUAAGGGCGAAAUAAUCAUCCACGCAGGAUGAUCGCAGGCGCGAGCGUGAACACCACCGCGACGGUGAUUCUUCAAGAACCGGGCGGGCUGUCGAGAAACGGCGAGCUGGGCUUCAGGCUACCGGUCCUCAUGUCCGCCUUCCGCGGCGCCGACGAGAACGCCGCGAUCUCGCGAUCUCACGAGGACAACUCCAGCGCGAUCGUCGCCUUCCUGCGCAACGACGGCGCGUCGGAUCGGCGGGACGCCCUCUACAUCGUGCUGCCGAUCACGGUGAUCUACGUGGUGAUCUUCUUCACCGGCGUGAUCGGCAACAUCUCCACCUGCGUGGUGAUCGCGCGCAACAAGUCCAUGCACACCGCCACCAACUAUUACCUCUUCAGCCUGGCGGUGUCGGAUCUGCUACUGCUGGUGUCCGGACUGCCGCCGGAGAUGUACUACAUAUGGUCGCAUUUCCCCUACAUAUUCGGCGAAGCGUUCUGCAUCAUCCAGAGCUUCGCCGCGGAGACCUCCGCCAACGCGACUGUUCUCACCAUCACGGCGUUCACCGUCGAGAGGUACGUGGCAAUAUGUCACCCCUUCAUCUCACAUACUAUGUCGAAGUUGUCGAGGGCAGUGAAGUUCGUGGUGGUGAUCUGGCUGUUGGCGCUCUGCCUCGCGGUGCCCCAAGCAAUUCAGUUCGGCAUCACUUACGAGUACUUUGACAACGGUACCGCCAUCUUGGACAGUGCCAGAUGCACGAUCCGGUGGACGCUGAUUGAUCAUGCAUUCGAAAUCUCGACUAUACUCUUUUUCGUGCUGCCGAUGACGAUCAUUACGGUGCUAUACGUACUGAUCGCCAUCAAGCUACGAAGCUCCACGCUGUUGACCGUCACCGUCAAGAGGAACCAUGUACCAGGUGGCUUGAAUCAUCUUGACAACAACCGAGGGAAGACCGCCGCUCAGAGGAACGUCAUUCGCAUGCUGAUCGCAGUGGUGGUGGCCUUUUUCAUCUGCUGGGCGCCGUUUCAUGCCCAGAGACUGCUGGCCGUGUACGCUCAAAGUAGCCGAUCUGAGCCGGAGGAUGCUUUGGUGAUAGUAUAUACCACCCUCACGUAUGUGUCAGGGGUGUUCUAUUAUCUGUCUACCACCGUGAAUCCGCUUCUCUACAAUAUCAUGUCCAACAAAUUCAGGGAAGCCUUCAAGUCGAUGCUGCCCAAACAGUGCGUGAGGAAGUGCUCUUCGCACAGGAGCAGUCCUCGACGGCCGACUUACAGCAGCUUGUCGCGAUGCCAGCGGUCCUUGCGAUAUCGUGUCGACGACAUCCAGCCGUCACCUUCGAUAUCCGUGAGCGACGAACAGCAGCGUUCUUCGCACUUUGGCCUGGCGAACGCGAACUCCUGCGAGCUAAAUGGCUUGGCGUCACGUGGUGAGCAACAAACACGAGCUGUUUAUCAGGCGACGAUCAGGGAAACCGGUGGCAGGGAGUACGCCAGAAGCGUAUCCAGAGGCUCCGACACCAGCCAACUCACCAUGAUGACGUCGAUAAGCAAGCAGGGUCUGAACGAGGGCAACAACAACGUGGCGGCGAACGAGUACCUGCUAAGGAUACAUCGUUCGCCAAAAGCUGCUGCUUUAGGAGACGUUGAUGCCUGCCCCGAGGGCGAGGAAGCUCAUGAGCGAAUUCUCCGGAACAAGAAGCAGAAGAUCAUUCGUGUGAAACCAGGGAUCCUCACCGAGAGACUCGGCUUUGGUGCGAAGGGAUUCUUCGCGCAUCAUCGGAAGUUACCAUCAGCCAGUUACACCAAGUCAAGGUCGGACGUCGCGCCGCCGACAUCGCCGCGAUUCCGUAGCCAUCCGAGCAUCGAGAGCGCCAAUACGAUCAGCAACUCCAGCCUCCAGGACCUCGACGAGACCGAGUUUACUGGGUCCGAACUGGCGCGAUACAUGGGUGAGCUGAACUUUGACCUGGUUACCUGACAUCCGGUCUCGACGAGGGAACGUCGCUUCUCGAAUUAGAGACAUCACCGACUCCGAGAUAAGAUUUAAGGCGAGACUUGAAAUGAUUUGCGAAUCUUGACCGACUCUCAGCUACAAAAAUCAUGACAGCACGUAUUGCCAAGUACGCGCCGCGCUUCGCGUUUGACAGUGUGACAGAGUGUGUCAUCACCGGAUGUUAACGGAGGCGUUGAACGAAUACGCAUCGAACCUGGACGAGUUUGUUCGAAUCGCGGAAUUCCACGCGAACAAUGCGAGAUUUAAUUUCCGCGCGACUAUGCAGGAAACAUUGCAUAAUCGAUGAUGAUUGCGUUGCAUACUGUGUAGACACUAAAGAGCAAAUUCUCCAGAGCGAACCUACCACGCGGUGGGAAGGGAAGGAAAUUUAUUCGAGCACAUUUCGAUAAUGAAGAAAUUGCGAUGAAUAACGGAAUACAGGAUUGCGGGAGAAGAUACAGGAAGUCGUUCGCGAAGCGUUGUGAGGGAAAUACUUACGCGUGUCCAGAAUUUUAUGCGAGUACUUCAGUGAGGAAAGAUCCAUUCAAGAGAGAGAGAGAGAGAGAGAGAUGAAAAAGGAGAAUAUCUCACGGAUAAAUUAUUACGUGGGUAGUUCGCGCGAUUAUUUCGCAAACGAAGUAAGAACAUCUCUAUGAGUAUAGCUGUUUAACCUUUCCGUUGGUAAUUCUAAUCUUCCACGUGAGAAACUUCAAGCAACGAAUGUCAGCCAAAAUCACACAUCGUGCGCGAAAACUCGCGACUUCCGUAAUAGCGCGCGCGUUUGGAUGGUGUGACAAAAUAUAAAAGUUGUCGGUUUAAUACCAGCCUGAAGUGAUUCUGUCACUUCUGUCACGACAGUGUCGUUAUGUUGUCGUCGCACAGGUAUAAUACUUGACAGAAAAGUUACGCGACGACACACCAUGUCAGUGACAUCGUCGUAUUAUAAAGUCAAAGAAUCGACCUACAGGUAGCUUCUCGCUUUCAUUCGUCGUGGAUAAUAAAACGCGCGAGUAAUUUCUGCGAUUGACGUCGCUAAUCGCGAUCCAAGAACUCGUGCAGCACGCGUUGCUUGUAAAAAGCCUUUAUUAACUUAUUUAUUUCUGUUAUUAUCGUGAGAGCGAUGUUAGACCUAGAUAGCACAGGAUGUUUUAUGGAUGUACGUUUUAAAUCCGGAUUAUGCCUGUACACCUGUGGACACAAAUGGGACUUGUGUAGGAUGUUCUUUUUUGAACCCGAAACGAAUAUCCGAAACAGUAUAUCUUAUGGACGUUCGAUAUAUAUCCAAGUUAAAAUUGAUGAUUUUUUUAUAUCAAUCUUCAAAAAACACUGUGUUUUAUUACUGAAACUUUGUUUGAAAUACUUAAAAAAAGUUCUUUACUUUCAUUGUUAAAAAUAUUCUGUCAAUAUUAUAAUAAAUAUUUUUUUACAUUUACUUUUUAUAACAAUAUUCAAUAUGCAUGAAGAAAGAAAAUGUUUAAUGUUUUCUAUACUAUCAUUUAAUAUUAAAUAAGAUUAUGUUCACCAAGCAAUAAUUUUUAAUAUUUAUAAAUCUAGUAUUUAUAUGUCAUUAUUAAUGAAGUACAUUUUUAUAUUAAAAAUUGUUAUAUUAAAUAGUUACAUUAUUCAGAAGAUUUCCAAUAGACAUGCUCGUGUAUAACAUAAAGAAAAAGGUUUUUUUUUUAUUUAGUAUUUUUAUUUAAUUUUGAUUUCGAACGGAAAACGGGUUUGUUUUAGAAAAUGGUCAUACAAUGUCCAGAAAUAGACGUCUUGUGAACAUCCACUGGACGUCCAUGUGCUAUCUAAGAGAAAGGCACUAGUUUUCGGCGGAACAGCAGUCACUCCUCGUCGUGCAUUUUGUGACCUCAGCAUUUAUUUUUCUACGCGCAUAUAUACAUUGUAGCGAUCGAAAGUCUCCCGUUUCAUAAUUCGAUCGAUCACAGGUAUAUCCAUACGCUGAUUGAAUCAGUGCCGCCCUGUUUGCAUAAGCUGUACAAUAUGGACGAUUUGUUAAAUAAAAAUAUGUAGCAACUGUA